GAGCCCCCGUCGGAGCCAGAUCCGGACCCAGCCUCGCGCGACGCUGCAGCCAGCCCCGGCCUGGACGCGCCCCCCGUGCCAGGACCCCCGCCAGGACGGGGCGCCGAGCCCACCGCGCGUGCGGAGGCGGAGGACGGGCACACCUCGAGGCUCUUUGCCGACCUGGAACCCCAGCCUGCAGUCCGGCGUCGGCGCAAGGGAGUUGGCGGACCCUGGGCUCCCGAGCCCCGGGCCAGCGUCCUGAGGGGCAUUCAGGACCCUUGGCAGGGCCACCCUGCCCAAGUCGCCACUUCAGGGGGAGUGGACAGAGCCCCCUCAGGCAAGGCCACUGGGCCCCCAGAGAGCACCUCGGAGGACAGUGACGUCAACAUCACCAGCGAGGAAGAGGACUGUCUGGAGCAGCCUGCCCAGGAGCCCCGUGGCCCCAGAGAGAAGGACGGCAGUGGCCACGUCCCUCGCGCUGUCCCAGAGAGCCAGGCGGUGCCACCAGAGGGCCCCUGCUGCUACAUCUGUGGGUCGGCGCUGUCGCUGGCCUCCCAGCACGAGGUCCACGUGCAGAAGCAGGAGCGGCUGCCCCAGGCGCCCUUCUUCCCCUUUCUGUGGCUGCACAGCCCUCCGCCCGGCGCCCAGCCCAUCAGUGAGGCGGGCAGCACGCUCGUGUGUCCCUGCUGCUUCGCGUCCCUCCGGCAGCAGUGGCAGAGCUUCGAGCUGGCCGGGGUGCCCGUCCUGCAGCGCCUCUACGUGGUGCCUCUGAACAGCCACGCCCCUGGCAUGGCCUCCAAGGGCAGGCGGCCCCCCAGGGAGGAGGGCCCAGCUGGUUUGGCCCUUCCCGAGGCCUGCUACCUGUGCGGCGAGGACUGCACCCCGGAUGCCCGGGCCGUGCCCUCCCGCAUUGUCAACGGAAGCACGCGUGGCACCAUGCACUUCCCGUUCCUCAGCCUCCUGCCCUGCCCGCCCAAUGCCCGCGCCCCCAACAAGCACUCUGAGGUCCGAAGCUGUCCCAAGUGCUUCAGCGUCCUGGAGGACGUGUGGGCCCUGUACCGGGCCUGCCACAACCAGGAGCUCAUCACCUCUGUGCAGGGCUUCCUGGGCCGCUACCACCAGGCCUUCUCGGCCUCCGACCCUUCCGUCUGCGACCCGCCUGCCUCAGCCCCCAGUGGCCCAGCCUCUGUCUGCUACAUCUGUGGGGCCGAGCUGGGCCCUGGCAAGGAGUUCCAGCUCAACGUGAACCCUGCUAGCCGCCUGGGCGAGAAGGAGCCUUUCUUCCCCUUCCUCACAGUGUACCCGCCCGCCCCACGCGCCAGGCCCGCUGACGCCACCGGCCUUGUGGCCACCUGUGUGCUCUGCUACCACGACCUGCUGGGCCAGUGGCUGCAGCAUGAAGGCCAGGGCACGCACCAUGCGGUCAGCGCCUGGUCCCGGCAGUACCAGGUGGACACCUUCGUGUGCUUCUUCUGCCAGCAGGAGAAGCGGCGCUGCCUGGGGCUGAAGUCGGUGCGGGUAGCCCGCCUGCCCCUCUUCCUGUACACCCUGCGAGCCAGCCACAGCCUGCUGGUGGAUGAUGGGCGGCAGCUGAUCAUCGGCGCCUGCUUGGAGUGUGGGACUCUGGUGUGCGCAGGCCAAGGGCUCACUCGCCCAGGGCCCAUGGGGUGGAGCUCCCCGGUGGCCACAGCAAGAAAGGUCACCGCCACCUCUCUGGAGGUAUCAGCUGCUGUCCCCACUCCUGCCCUGGAGCCUGAGCUGCGGCCGGGGCUUGCUGCCACCACCAGCCUGCCCAGGGACCCCAGGAUGGCGCCGGAGCCGCAGCCAGUGCAGAGCCACCCGAGCCACGACGGGGACAGACAGGACCUCCCGGGCACAGGCAUGAGCCAUGAGCCCAAGUCCCCUUCGCUAGGGAUGCUUUCCACCGCGACCAGGACCACCGCCACCGUCAACCCCCUCACCCCCUCGCCGCUCAAUGGCGCCCUGGUGCCCAGUGGCAGCCCGGCCACCAGCAGCGCGCUGUCGGCCCAGGCCGCGCCGUCCUCCAGCUUUGCUGCUGCGCUGCGCAAGCUCGCCAAACAGGCAGAGGAGCCCCGAGGGUCCUCGCUGAGCAGUGAGUCAUCUCCUGUGUCCUCUCCGGCCACCAACCACAGCUCCCCCGCCAGCACACCCAAGCGCGUGGCCAUGGGCCCCAUCAUCGUCCCCCCUGGGGGCCACAGCGUCCCCAGCACGCCCCCCGUGGUGACUAUCGCCCCCACUAAAACCGUCAAUGGAGUCUGGAGGAGCGAGAGCCGCCAGCAGGAUGCUGGCUCUCGGGGCAGCAGCAGCGGUCGGGAGCGCCUCAUCGUGGAGCCGCCGCUUGCCCAGGAGAAGGCGGGUGGCCCAGCUGUCCCCUCCCACCUCCUCAGCACCCCAUACCCCUUCGGCCUGUCCCCCAGCUCAGUCAUGCAGGAUUCCCGCUUCCCACCACUCAACCUCCAGCGGCCUGUGCAUCACGUGGUGCCCCCCAGCACGGUGACCGAGGACUACCUGAGAAGCUUCCGGCCCUACCACACCACGGAGGACCUGCGCGUGUCCUCCUUGCCCCCGCUCAGCCUGGACCCGGCCACCGCCGCAGCCUACUACCACCCCAGCUACCUGGCCCCCCACCCCUUCCCACACCCCGCCUUCAGGAUGGAUGACUCCUACUGCCUGUCCGCCCUGAGGUCUCCCUUCUACCCGAUCCCCACCCCCGGCUCCCUGCCUCCGCUGCACCCCUCGGCUAUGCACCUCCACCUCUCCGGCGUCCGCUACCCGCCGGAGCUCUCUCACGCGUCGCUGGCCGCACUGCACUCAGAGCGGUUGUCGGGGCUCAGCGCGGAGAGGCUGCAGAUGGACGAGGAACUGCGGCGGGAGCGGGAGCGGGAGGCUGACCGCGAGCGGGAGAAGGAGCGGGAGCGCGAGAAGGAGCGUGAGCGGGAGAAGGAGCUGGAGCGCGAGCGGGAGAAGGAGCGGGAGCGGGAGCUGGAGCGCCAGCGGGAGCAGCGGGCCCGGGAGAAGGAGCUGCUGGCCGCCAAGGCGCUGGAGCCUGCCUUCCUGCCGGUAGCCGAGCUGCAAGGGCUGCGUGGCCACACCGCUGAGGAGCGGGUCAAGCCCUCUGAGCAGCUGACACCGACUCGAGCAGAGAAGCUGAAGGAUGUGGGCCUGCAGGCGCCUAAGCCUGUGCAGCACCCCUUGCACCCGGUGCCCGCGCCGCAUCACACCAUGCCCAACCUCAUCUCCAGCCAUGGCAUCUUCUCCCUGCCGGCAGGCAGCGCCGCCGCGAGCCUGCUGAUGCAGCGUACCAACGAGGAGGAGAAGUGGCUGGCGCGGCAGCGGCGGCUGCGGCAGGAGAAGGAGGACCGGCAGUCCCAGGUGUCGGAGUUCCGGCAGCAGGUGCUGGAGCAGCACCUGGACAUGGGCCGGGCCCCAGCGCCCGUGGAGGAGCACAGGCCCGAGAGCAGCAGGCCAGGACCAAACCGGCUUGAACAGGGCAGCCGAGAGGCCCCACAGCACUUUGGCGGGCCGCCGCCUCUCAUCUCUCCCAAGCCGCAGCACCACACAGUGCCCACGGCCCUCUGGAACCCAGUGUCUCUGAUGGACAAUGCCCUGGAGACACGGCGGGCCGAAAGCCACACUCUGCACAGCCACCCGGCUGCGUUUGAGCCCGGCCGCCCGGCCGCUGUCCCACUGGUGAAGGUGGAGCGCGUCUACUGCCCAGAGAAAGCAGAGGAGCCCCGGAAGCGUGAGGCUGCCCCCCUGGACAAGUACCAGCCACCAGCGCGGGAAGCGGGAAGCCUGGAACCGCCGGUCUUCACCCACGGGCCUGGGCCCUUCCUCACCGAGCUUGAGAAGUCUACACAGACCCUCCUGGGCCAGCAGCGGGUCUCCCUCCCCCAAGCAACUUCCUUUGGGGAGCUCAGUGUGCCCCUGAAGCCUGGCUCACCCUACCGGCACCCAGCAUCGCGGGGCCCUGACCCUGCCUACAUCUAUGAUGAGGUCCUGCAGCAGCGCCGGAGGCUGGUCAGCAAGCUGGACUUGGAGGAGCGCAGGCGGCGUGAGGCCCAGGAGAAAGGAUACUACUACGACCUCGACGACUCUUACGACGAGAGCGACGAGGAGGAGGUCCGGGCCCAUCUGCGCUUCGUGGCUGAGCAGCCCCCCCUCAAGCUGGACACGUCUUCUGAGAAGCUAGAGUUUUUGCAACUUUUUGGCUUGACCACCCAACAGCAGAAGGAGGAGCUGGUGGCCCAGAAGCGGAGGAAGCGUCGGCGGAUGCUGAAGGAGAGAAGCCCGUCCCCACCGGCAGUUCAGAGUAAGAGGCAGGUGCCUUCACCGAGACUGGCCCUGUCCACCCGCUACAGCCCCGACGAGAUGAACAACAGCCCCAACUUCGAGGAGAAGAGGAAGUUCCUGACCAUCUUCAACCUGACGCACAUCAGCGCGGAGAAGAGGAAAGACAACGAGAGACUUGUUGAAAUGCUCCGUGCCGCAAAGCAGAGAACACUGUCGGCAGCAGUGGCAGAUUCGCUGACAAACUCUCCGAGGGACAGUCCCGCCAUCUCCCUGAGCGAACCGGCCGCGCAGCCAGCUUUUCUGGAAACAGAAAAGCCUAUCGGUAUUGCUGCGUCCUUGUCUGAUGUCCCAAAAGCCAUGGAGACUGGGAGACUGGAACAGCUCAGGCCCCAGGAACUAUCGAGAACGCAGGAGCCAGCUCCUACCAGCGGUGAGAAGGCCAGGCUGAGCGAGGCCCCUGGGGGCAAGAAGAGCCUGAGCAUGCUUCAUUACAUCCGGGGCUCUGCGCCCAAGGACAUUCCUGUGCCGUUGUCCCACAGCAUCAACGGGAAGAGCAAGCCGUGGGAGCCCUUCGUGGCAGAAGAGUUUGCACAUCAGUUCCACGAGUCAGUGCUGCAGUCCACCCAGAAGGCCCUGCAGAAGCAUAAAGGGAGUGUAGCUGUGCUGUCUGCAGAGCAGAACCACAAGGUCGAUGCGUCUGUCCACUACAACAUUCCUGAGCUGCAGUCAUCCAGCCGGGUCCCCCCGCCCCAGCUUAAUGGGCAGCAGGAGCCCCUAGCUGGGAGGAAGGGUCCCCACACACAGGAGAGGGACACGGACUCAGAAGAGGACGACGAGGAGGAGGAGGAGGAGGAUGGUGAAGAGGAAGAGGAAGUUCCCAGGCGCAAGUGGCAAGGGAUUGAGGCCAUUUUUGAAGCUUACCAGGAACACAUAGAAGAGCAAAACCUGGAGCGGCAGGUGUUACAGACCCAGUGCCGGCGGCUGGAGGCCCAGCACUACAGCCUCAGUCUGACGGCAGAGCAGCUCUCCCACAGCAUGGCGGAGUUACGAAGCCAGAAGCAGAAGAUGGUCUCUGAACGGGAGCGGCUCCAGGCAGAACUGGACCACUUGCGGAAGUGCCUUGCCCUGCCUGCGACGCAUUGGCCUAGGGGUUACUUCAAGGGAUACCCGAGGUGACGGUUUCCCUUGCACUAGGCUGAACCUAUAGUAUAGAAAUAUUAUCUAUUUUAUUACCUUGAAUAUUUAAUAUUUUUCACCGGGAGGUUUGAAGCUUAAAAAAUGAGAAUGUGCCAUGCAUGAAGCAAAGGAUUCCAGGCUCCAGAAAAAAGCAAACGAAUGAACUCAAGUCUACUUCAAUGCAAUCGAUCACCUUUGCCACUCAGCGAGCAGCCAGUGUAGGACGCCCAUGGUUUUCCUAAAGGUGGCUAACUGUUCCCUUCCCCCACAUCAUUCUUUCAAUCUGAAAGCGGAGGCUCCAUUGCCGACACUACAGCAGUAUCGCCUGUCGCCCUGGUGCGUGGGCGCGGCUCUGGCCGGCCAGUCCUGUUUCUCGUGUUGCCGUGCCGCUGUGCCCAAGCACCAGGUCUGCCCCUGCUGCAGCUGCAGCGUUGGCCUCAUUUCUGCCCAGGAGCACGGCCGGCUCCAGCUGAAAAGAAGGCUGGGUGCAUUGGAAGUAAAGGGCUUAUUUUUUUUUUUUCAGUUACUUUUCUGCAAAAUUAUCUUUAAAACAACCAGUCCUAGGAGCACACAGAGCAAUCCAAGGCUUUUCCCUGGAAAAGCUCUUACCUAAAGAUGAAACAAACCCACAGACUGAAGGUACCUUUUUACUACUACGUGGGGGAGAAUGUACAGCCCUAUGUAUACGUCCUCGCACCCACCUAAUUGUUACUGCAGUGGGGGGGUGUUUUCAUACAAACGUAAAUUUCGAGAGAAAAGUCAAAGGUGCUUCAGCCUUGUACUGUGUAUAUAUAUUAAAAAACAAAGUUUUGUAUGUUUUUAUUACUUUUAAUUGUUAUAAAAAGCCUGCCAUUUUUAAUAUGUGGUUUGGGGGAUUUUUGUUUGUUUUUCCUGUUUGGGGGUUUUCUUUGUUUUUCCUGGGAAAAGAAAAAACCCUUGCUUUUAGUGUUUGUACUGCUGCUGGUCAGGACAUUAAAAUAUUGAAGUUUUUAAAAAUUAAAGAAGAAGGAAAGUAAAAGAGCUUACCACUGGCGCCUAUGCGAUCACUUCGUUUUUAGUCUGAGUUGCACCAGAAACUGACUAGAAAGCCAUGCGUUACUUCUUUACCUCCUCCCGUGCCCCUCCCCACACUGGACAAGGCAACAGCAAACAGACCACUGCUGCGAAGCGAGGGGCCGUGUGUGGCGGGAGCGAGACGGUCCUGUGUGCCGGCCACGCGCACACACCGCCCCGGGGCUUCCUGAAAGAACCUUGUAGGAAGUGCACACUUCUGCGAUAAAAUGCUGAGAUGCCUGAGAACAGGUGCAGAGUAGAAACUUAGCAGCUUUAUUUAGAUGCAGAGCUUUGUAAAAGCCUCCGGUAGGAUCAACGAUGUCUGAGCUGAAUGCCGCCUUUGACCCCCACUGGGACAGGCACGGAAUGGCCGCACCACUGGCGAGCACUGGGGUCGCACUGGGCCGCCGCCUCAGCCCAGGUUCUUCUUGUCAGGCAGUGUUUCAUGUAGGUCAGCAAGGCUCCUCUUGUGGGGCUGGGCCCUCCCCAGAGACCCAGGGCAGGGCAGGGCGGAGCCAGGGAGGAUUCUUGCUGCUGUGCUCCACGCUCCGAGCUCCCACCCUUGCCGUGCGGAGUGGCUUGCUGGCAGCUGGCACCGUGUCGCUUACCUGCCCCCACACAGUUUGCUUUGUACGCCUGCCAAGAACCUUCCAGUUAUUAGCAAACUCACACAGAAAGUGCCGCCCGUCAGUAAGCGCCUUCUCACCCAGGAAGCAAGUAAAAAAAAACCAAAAGGCUGUGCUGGGGCCUUAUCCCCUGCAGAGACAUUAGGAGAGCCAUGGGUUCCACAGGCGUGGAGAGGGCACCGCACCGACCCAUCGGGGCAGAGUAACACUCACGUCCCUGCUCACAGUCUCGCUGUUGGCGGGGUGAGGGCUUCAGAGCCGCGCCUAGCACUUCAUGCCCAGGCCGCCUCCCACAUCACAGGGGAUGUCUGACGCAUCUGCUAGCCAGCUUCGGUAAUGGCCCUGGCUAAAGAAAAAGGGGCUCUAAUAACUUACUGGAGAGACAGGCAGUCCCUCCCCAGAGCCAAGGCGUGACCCCUUGGUUGGACAGCUUGGGGUGGCACACAGAACAAGGGUGCACCCUCAGAAAGGGCUGCCGGGGUGCAAGCCAAGCCCCUGCGCCAGCAAUAACUGCUUGCCCUUGAGCUUCUCUGCUGUCCUGCCUACCCAUGCUCCCGCCGUGGAGAGGUGUGAAUAUUCUUGUACCCAAGGAGUAGAUGGAUGACAAUCAGAACCUGAGUACAGACCAGCAAGGCAGCGCACAAACCAUGAAAGAGGUAGUGUCUCUUUCACAAAGUACGCCACCAAGACAGUCUACAAUGAUUUUCCCAUCCAACAAUUAGUUUUCAGAGAACACAUUACACGUUUUCAGUUGACAAACACAACCUCUUGAAGCUUUUUGUUCAGCUUUUGCUCGUUCAGUUUAAGACACUUAAAACAGUACAUCAGACUUGCCCUAGAAUGGAUUACGCAACCUGUGUGUCAGUAUUUACACGAACACCUCAGUCCUUCUCCACUGUGUCUUCCCACAUGACCCGCAAGUGACAGCUGCCACCUGGCCUGACGGGGCAGUCAUAAGCUCGCGAGGGACACAGCCAGGUGCUAGAUGGUGUGGUUCCACGUUUAAUCACCUCUUUAAGACAAGUUGCUCUGUUUCAGAUAAUCAGAGCCAGAAUGACAAGAUACAAUAAAAUAACCACGACAGGGUUUUCAAGUUUUCAGUCUAUAUCCUAGCCUUACGUGGGUAAAACACUUAAUUGGCACUAACAUUUUAACAGAUUGCCCCCCUAAGGAUAUUCAGAAUAUUAAAAAGGAGCCUGCAUCUUCAGCAGCAAAGAACUACAACACAGGAAAUCUUAAGCUUGUAGCAGAAUGAAAUCUUCCAAGUAGCUCACGGUCCUACCAAAUCUCAAAGGUUACACUGAAUUUAAACCAGACCCUUUUCCCUCUCAGACAAUUCCACGGAUCCACCGCAAGAUGGAGAUGGUUAGCACAAACCCUGGCCCUCCGUAAGUGUAUAUUAGCCCCUUAGCAGCAAUCUGUACUCUUCCCAGUAACAAGCUUUGACUUCACGCCUUCUGUAGCCUGUCCCCAACCUUCUGAUCCAGUGCUUAAACUCCUAGACUCUGCCUUGACCUGAGGAAGACACGCUCACUGGUUGUGUCACUCGUGUGCGCCCUGUGCUUCACUGCUAGGACGGCAAACCCAGACUCGGGGGGCAGGGAGGAUAGCAGUGCCUCGGUCACUCUGGGGGCAGUUUAGAUGCUGUGAAAUUAAACCUGUUCUAAGUGUACUUGUUUGAAUUAACUGUAUUGUAAUAUUAUUUGUUGAAUGUAGUAAUUAGGUAUUUAUGAAUAUAUUGCUGUAAUUUCUGACAACAUCCAAAAAAUAAAAUCUUCCUAAAUCACGUUAA